AUGUUUAUCAAUAAAACCAAAUAACACUCUAGCCUUAGCAAUUUUCAUAUUAUGAAUUCAAAAUUCAAGAAUUGCAAAGUCAUCCUUCAUAAAAAUCAUUAGUUUCAGAAUAAAACUAAUAAAAUUAUAUAAAGUUACGACUUUGUUCCACAAAUUCAACAAUUUUAUAAAAUAGUUCAAAAACUCAAGCCCUAAAUACAAAGCAAAAGUUUACAACAUCUGAACUAAAUUAUAAUGUUGCAUAUAAAAAAAAUUUUAGUCAAAAAAAAUCUAUUUCAUUUGAUCGGAAGAAAUAUCUGA